AUGCCCGAGGAUUUGUCGUCAGACGAAAAUGUUAUUAUGACUUCGACAAUAUCCGAAUCAAUAAAUUGUUCAGUGUAUAAUCCAUGUGGACGCAAUGGUUAUUGUUUAAACACAGAUGAGGACGAACAGAUAUGUUCGUGCAAGUUUUGGUGGAAUGGAGCGACGUGUAACGAAAUGUCGAAUGGUGGAAAACAAGUCAUUACCCUAGGUAUUAUACUAGCUGUUCUAUUAGCAGCGUUUUAUGGACUAGGAUUAUUUCGUCGCAUCAGAAAGAAACGUAAUCAACCAAAACAAAAGCAGGAACCAAGUAUUCCGAUUGUCCGAUUGAAGUUUCCUACAGUACCUGUUGAAGUUUUCGAUCCAUCUCGCCGAAAAUAUGCGUGGACUACGGGCAUUCUUACAUUCAUAUUUGCCAUGGGCACUCUCGUUGUAAAAUGGUCUAUUCUAAAACCUAUUCACGAUGAAGUUGUAUAUAAGUAUGAAAACAAUCAAUCGGUGUAUUUCAAUACACAUUCUGUUUGUCCAAUCAUUAAUUUUCGAGCAGAUUUCAAUAUCUUCACAUUUCCUAUUGCUUGUUUGUUAAUUCUGUUGUUCGUGAUCAUCACCAAACGAGUUUCAUCGCGACACAAUCGGUAUUGUAAAGGUUAUUUUGGUAUAGUAAUUCCAUUGGACUUUUUUGGACAUGUAAAACGAACGUUAGCUGCUGUGAUAUUCGCCGUGUUUGCCGAUGAAUUAUUGGACAUCGCCAAUGAACUGUUGGCGGGAGGUAGAAAAUCUUCAAAUCAAGGAGUCAUCAUAACUUACCUUACUCAAAUCUUUCGUGUCUUCGUGAUUGGAUUUCGACGUUAUCCAAUCUUAGCUGCUGUGUAUAUGGAUAAUUAUUUUACUUUAAUUUGCGGUACUCUCUAUGCCUGGUUAGAUUUCACUGUUGCAAUCAUGUCUGCUGGCUUAUGCACGAAUAAUUUCUAUCAAACAAAAGAGCAAUUUAACAAAACGGGAAGUAAUCGUACAGCUGAAAUGAUAGCUUAUUAUGGUACAGGACCGAAAUUGCUGUUUCUUCAACUGUUCCUCGACGUUCCUCGAUAUUUCUGUCUGAGUUACCUAUGUGUCAAACUACCGAUGGUAUUGAUCAAACGAAUACGACAUCGAAAUAUUCCUGAUAAGCAAAUGAGGCGCGAACAAAAAGAUCUUUUAUAUUCUUCGUUACCUCAUUCAGCUGAAGCACGUUAUGUGAAAAAGUUAUUUGGAUAUGCACCUACUGAACCGCCCAAGAAUCGAUUGUCUCAAAUUCUACGACGUAUUUAUGCAUGGAGAGAUGAUUUUCGCUUCUCAUCUCGUGUCAUAUGCGUCUAUGCAUCGAUAUUUCUUUUACUUUUCUUUCUUACCGUUAGCAUUUCUAUUCGUACGCUACCGAUACUGGACAAAAUUCAUCCGUAUAUCCAAGCAUUUGCUGAUCUAUUUGCUAUAUUUAUAACUUUCAGAGAUCCUGUCCAAGCUGAUGCAAAAGGUGCACCACCAGAUUUCCCUGUUCCCGAUCUUACUGUACCUUUGCUCAUCAGUAUCUACGUUGCCUUACUGGUCAUUAUCAUUCAAUUGUUGUUUAUGUUAGCAAGCAUCCGACGAAAUCUUCUUCAAUCCUAUCGCGGUGAUCAUCGUGAAAUACCACCUCGUGUCUCAACAUCGAAUGUUAGCUAUUGCACUGGAAGUUUUCAUUUCGCUGGAUAUUUGAUCGGUUAUGUUAUUAUCGGUUAUGCUUUGAUCCUGUUCGUUUCCAUCAUGUUAACCAUGUCAAUCGCUGCAUUGAUCAUCUAUGCAAGUGUUCCUUCGCUUGAGAGAUUUUUAACUUUGGUCAUUCCGCCUAUACUCUUCACGACUUUUAAACUUUAUAUCAACAAGUUUUUAAGUCAAUAUGUUUUUCUCCAGCAUAGUGGAGAAGUUUUGUCGAUUAAUAAUCGUCGUGCAUUAAUGGUGUUUCUUUAUUUUAACUUCUUCUUGGAUACAUUUCUCGGUUUCUUUGCCGCUUUCUUUCGUAUAUUGAAAAGUAUUAUCGGUGGAAUGUUUUACAUGUGUCGAUUAGAUUAUUCACCGUUAGGUCGAAAAUUAGAAACAAUGGAUGCGGGUUUCAACGCAUACUGCGGAUUAAUUUAUAUGGAAACCGCUCACCGUCAUCCAGUCUUACUGUUUUUUGUCAGUCAUCUCCUUCGCGAUCAUCUUUAUCCGACUAAACGACUCUCAAAGGCAAGGCAUAAUUGGUACUUGGCUAUUUUUCUUUUGAAUAAUCCAACGUUGAUAUACCAACGAAAAGACUUUCUGCGAAAUCUACAUGACCAUGAUACGAAAAUCAUGUUAAUUGGAAGAAGAAAUAUGAAGAAACUGUCCGAUGAACCAUUGCCUGCUAUAUGUCAACCGACAGAUGUGAAUUCAGCAAAGGAAUAUGAAAAUCGCUGGCACGAACGAAGAUUUUGA